CAACCAACGCCCGGCAGCAGCAGCAGCAGCGUAAUCCACCUAUCCAUAUAGUUGUGAUGGUGUUAAAUCUUUAACUAUGUCCGAAAUGCUACUGAAAGAGAUGGAGGAAAUUUCUCUCGGGCCGGUUAAAACAGAGGAGAGGGAAAACGGACGGAGUUUUCUGCUAGUGGACGAAAACGAAAGCCUGCAGGUGAAGAAUGAGGCCAAUUUUUUGCAGAGGUUAGGCUGCAGCGCUGCCCAAGGAGUCAAAGUGCUCUCCAUCUUUGGCAACACGGGUGACGGAAAGUCCCACACUCUCAAUCACGUGCUCUUUGAUGGCGAGGAGGUAUUUGCCACGUCUCCUUCUCCGACGUCCUGCACAGUGGGUAUAUGGGCCGCUUACGACCCACACCUGAAGCUGAUAGUUCUGGAUACAGAAGGCCUGCUCGGCGCUGCCACUCAACAGAACCGCCGUAUGCGUCUGCUGCUGAAAGUUCUGGCCGUAUCAGACGUGGUCGUGUACCGCACGAGGGCAGAGAGGCUGCACAACGACAUGUUUCAGUUCCUCGGCAGUGCGUCGGCUGCUUACCUGAAGCACUUCACCCCUGAGCUGCGAGCUCUCUCCAACCGCUGUGGUCUGGACGUGCCUCUGUCCAGCCUUGGGCCUGCUGUUAUAGUUUUCCAGGAGACCCUGCGUACUCAGCUGCUGGGCCAGGAUGGUGCUGUCCCGGGGCAAGCAGACACCUUGCUGCAGAAACGUUUCCAUGACUUGGGUCAGAGCACAGACGCCUUCAGCUCUGUUCAUUACGUGGGCACUCAGACCAUCACUCCCCCCACAGACUACUCACAGUUACUGCAGAUAGUCCAUCAGCAAGUGAACAACACAGCCACACGAGCCCCACGCCAGCCUGCUAUUGUGUUCAGUGCAUUGCAGGCCUUGAGUGACAGGUUCUGUGGAGAGAUCUCAGAUGACAAAAUCAGCAUAUGCUCCUUCUUUCCUGAUGAAUAUUUCACUUGCCCCUCUGUCUGUCUCAGCUGCAAUGUUCGAUGUAAGAACGGCAUGAACCACCAGAAAGACGGGGCUCCUCACAUGGCUGAUGGACUAUGCCAGUAUGCCCACCAAUACAACAAUAAAGUUCUCAUCUGCAAGAGGUGCUAUGAGAGUGGAAGGGAAGUGAUUGUCAUACCAAAAACUUCUGCCUCUUCAGAUAAUCAAUGGCUUGGUCUGGCAAAGUAUGCAUGGUCAGGCUAUGUUUUAGAGUGUGCCAGCUGUGGCAUUAUCUACCGAAGUAGACAGUACUGGAUGGGAAACCAGGAUCCAGAGAGCAGUGUGGUACGGCCCGAGGUUAAGCACGUAUGGCAGGGGACUGAUGCCUUCCAGACAGACCAUCAGAAUGCAGCUCAGCGGGUUUUGGAUGGAAUGAAUUAUAUAAUCCAGUCAGUGACGGAAUACAGCUCAGGCCCUACCAAAGCUGUCACCGCCUGGCUCACUGACCAGGUGGCUCCAACCUACUGGAAACUCAAUGCUGAAAUCAUUGAAUGUCAAGGCUGUAAGCGAGCAUUUGAGGAGGCAGAAAGGAAACACCACUGUCGGGCAUGUGGGGAGGGUUUCUGCCAGGCCUGCUCUACCCACAGCAUGCCCGUACCUGAGAGGGGCUGGGGUGGUACCCCUGUACGAGUUUGUGAUGCGUGUUACCGGCAGGGAGGAGCACAGCACACUGGACAGGUUGCCCAGAUGAAACCUCGAACACCAGUCGCCCGGAGAGUGACGGAAGUAGCUCAGUCCACUCUCAAUAUGGUCUCCACAGCAGUGGACUAUCCCCUCUGUUUUGUAAAGGGAGUUGCAAGACCAGACUAUUGGGUCCCGGAUCAUGAGAUCAACCAGUGCCACUGCUGCACUAAGCCCUUUACCCCCAGCAUGUCCAAGCACCACUGCCGGGCGUGUGGGCAGGGAGUGUGCAGGAACUGCUCAACUAAGACCAGACCCGUGCCCUCCCGUGGCUGGGACCACCCAGUGCGAGUGUGUGACGGCUGUGCCAACCAGAGGGAUUCCCUUUGACUCGUCUGCAUGCUGGAGACCUUGCUGUGCCUCUGCAGUGCUGCUCUAAUCGCGUGCUGCACGAUUAGCCCUUUAUAUACAUUUCUGUCCUCAUAAAGCUAGUAGUGCUUGGUUUAGAACCAGUUUGUAGACUGUUUCUUGGUCUUAAACAGUGUAAUUGGAGGCUAGCAGAAAUAUCAAACCUAAUGCAGUUGUAUAGAUAAACACUCAGGCUCUUCAAAGCAUUAGGCUGCAGAAUUAGAAUACAAAUGUUUAUAUACAGUGCAACUGGAAAGUAUUCACAGUGCUUCAUUUUUUCCACAUUUUGUUAUGUUACAGCCUUAUUCCAAAAUGGAUUCAAUUCAUUAUUUUCCUCAAAAUUCUACAAACAAUACCCCAUAAUGACAACAUGAAAGAAGUUUGUUUGAAAUCUUUGCAAAUGUAUUAAAAAUAAAAAACACAAUUGUAGUGAGCAGAA